CCUCGCAACAACGAAACGUCAACGGAGGAGCUUUACUGAAAGUGGAAAGAGUUUCUCAACAUUUUACGCGUCCGAAGUGUUACGUUUUUCGGUAGUAAUUGCUCGCAAAACUUGGUGCAAAUUGUUCGCAAAGCAGGCGACGACAUCCAGUGGAAACAUACUUUGACGGCGAACACACGGCGCGAUCGGGAAUCGGGCAGAGAAAGGGUGGGGAGCCGCGCAUGAUAUCAACAUAACAACGAACACCGACGUGUUAAACCCUUCCCUUUCCGGCACCAGUGUACCGUGCACGCACACACACACGGGUUGGAUUCUGACUUGACGAGGGUUCGCCCUGUUGUUCAAAUACCUACACACACACACACCCGGAAGCUCUUGGUGGCCACAUUGGUGGCAUCUUAACGACACGAGGGACGACAGCAACAUAUACCACACGAGCAACAAAACUGUGUGCACUGCGAGAGAGGAAAGGCGGGGACGAGGAAAGGAUUUAACACGCUCAGGAUACAUUUUUUUAUGAACCGUUUCCACACCAGCUAGGGUAUGGCAAACUUAAACUUCCAACAACCGCCCAGAAGCAUACCGAGCAGUGUGUCCUUAAGCGGGAGAGGAGGAGGAGGCGGCGGCGGGGGAGGCAACAGUAGCGUGGUGGGCGGUGCCGCCGGAGCCUUCAGCAAUAGUGCGCUGUCCGGUGCCGGAGGCCAUGUUACCCCAACGUCCGGUAUGUUCCCUUCGGUGGUCGGCGGCAGUGGUGGCCCCUUCGGACAGAACGCUACACCUCCGUCGCAGCAGCAAAGCAAUCAGUCCUCCGCGUCGGUGGCGCCCCUCUCGCCCAGCGCGAACGGUGCCGGCAGUGGCAAUCCCGGACGGCCGGGCGCGGGCUCGGGCGUUAUGGGCGGCGCGAGCGGACCGAACGGCGGUGGCGGUGCAGGCGGCGGUGCGGGGCUCGCUAGCAAUGGUCCCAACAGUAGUCAGCAGCAACUGUCCUCCACCAGCAAUGCGCUAACGGGAGGGGGCCGAAUUAGUACCCUGUUCGGUGGAGCCGGCGGCCAGCAGCGCGGCGGUGGGGGCGGUGGCGGUGCUGGAAGUGGUUCGGUCGCUUUCCCGGACCGGAGGAUACUCUCCAGCGUGGGCGGCACAUCGAUGUCCAAUAUGGUUUCGUUCAUGCAGUCGCGAGGAUACGGAUCUCAAAGUGGGAAUAGCAUCAACAACUACCACGGUGUGUUCGACGGCAGUGCGGCGGAAACUGGCACCCCGCCCCUGCUCGAUCUCUCCGAAUUUCCCUCGCUCACGAACGCACGCGGUGGCCAGAACGAUCAAUCCCUGCCGCAGUCGAACGCGCUGCAACCGCCGGGCAGUAAACCGUACGUUGGCAUGGUAAAACAACCGACGUCCGAACAGAUUGCGUUUACGAUGUCGAACGAAGACUUUCCAGCGCUGCCCGGCACGCAGAACGCCGAAGGAAGCCAGAUGGGUGCGGCCAGCCAGGGCCUGCAGGGCGUGCACCACCAUCACCAUCCGGACCAUCACGGCGGCACGGACAGUUUGGGGGGCAAGGGUGCCGGCGGCAGCGGACAGGUGGGCAGUGCGGCAGGCAUGGGCAUGGACCUGCAGAGUGAUUCCGGCAAUUCCAACGUUAACAUGGACAAAGGAGCAAUGAAGCGAGGCGUACAAACAUCACCCAAUGGAACGGUAACGAACAUCCCUGCCAGUAUGGUGAACAACCAGUUCGGUAUGGUGGGCCUGCUAACGUUCCUCCGGGCGGCGGAAACGGAUCCCAAUCUGGUGACGCUAGCGAUGGGGCAGGAUUUGAUGGCGCUGGGUUUGAAUCUGACCGCGGUGGAAAACCUGUACCCGUGCUUUGGCGGCCCCUUCGCUGAUGCGCCCGCGAGGCCUCAGGAUAUCGAGUACCACGUACCACCAGAGUAUUUGAUCAACAUGUCAAUAAGGGACAAGCUGUCGAAGCUAACGCUGCAGAAGUAUAAGGAUGAUCUAUUAUUUUAUUUAUUUUACACGAACGUGGGUGAUAUGAUGCAAUUAGCAGCGGCUGCCGAACUGCACAGUAGAGAUUGGCGAUAUCAUACGGAGGAGAAGGUGUGGAUAACCCGUGUGCCCGGCAUGACACCGUACGAGAAGAAUGGCACAACCGAGCGUGGCACGUACUACUACUUCGAUGCGCAAACUUGGCGGCGAGUGCCAAAAGAAUUUCAAGUGGAUACAAUGAAGUUAGAUAAAUGUCCAAACAUAAGUGCUUACGUUACGAUGAGUGGACAGCCUGUAUAAUAUUUAUUAAUUUGUAAUUAAACCAGAAAAUCACGGUCAGAAA